CUCUUUGCCUUAACAGAGCCAGUGCCGGGAAAAUGCUUACAAUAAAGACGAAGCUGUGGCUCCUAUUGGCGACGAUCCUUUGGCAAUGGUGCCCGAUCGGGUCGACGGAGCUGGACUGGUGGCAGAAGACGGUGAUCUACCAGAUCUACCCGCGCUCCUUCCAGGACUCGGACGGCGACGGGGUGGGCGAUCUGCGGGGCAUCAUUCACAGGGCGGACUACAUUCGGAGCGUCGGGGUGGGCUGCAUCUGGAUGUCACCGAUAUUCAAGUCCCCCAUGGUCGACUUCGGCUACGACAUCACCGACUACAAGGCCAUCGACCCCCUCUUCGGCACCAUGGACGACUUCCAGGAGCUUCUCCAGGUCUACCACGAGCUCGGAAUCAAGGUGUUGUUGGACCUGGUGCCGAACCACACCUCGGACGAGCAUCCGUGGUUUCAGAAAUCGGUAGCAGGCAUAGACCCGUACACGGACUACUACGUCUGGGUGGAGGCCAAGAAGGGGGCCAACGGGACCCGGGAGCCGCCCUCCAAUUGGCUCUCCACCUUCUCGGGCUCCGCUUGGACCUGGAACGAGAAGCGAGGGAAGUACUACCUCCACCAGUACCAAGUCAAGCAACCGGACCUCGAUUACCGCAACCCUAAAGUCCUCGACGAAAUCCUCGACGUCAUCCGCUUCUGGCUCGACAAGGGUGUAGAUGGCUUCCGCGUCGACACCGCCUGGACUUUCGUCGAGGAUAACAGGUCCGUGACCCUGUAG